UUUUUUUUUUUUUACUUUUUGAAUUUUUAAAUUAUUUUUUUAUCUGUAAACUUUUUUACACCUUUCAUAUACAAAAGUAAAUGUGGACCAAAUUGCACAUUCCGUUAUUGUUGAGUGCAUUUGUGCCAAUUAACACUUAGUUAUAUCAAUUUUUUUUUGUUGUAUUUACCCCUUUCUAUCCCACUUUCGUUCUGCAGGCUGAAUCGGCUUCUCUUUUCAGCUAUCCACACUUUCAAGCUUCCAACUUUGCCGGAAACCCGAAGGCAGAGUCUUAAGAAUAGACCCAAAUAUUACUCCUUUUUGAGAUCCCAUUGUCAGUUUUGGUCAAUACGCUUUUGAAGUGAUACAAAGGUGCAUGACAUCAUGUCAUGGUCAAGAAUUUCUAGUAGAAUUGCUCUCUUGAAGAAUCGACAAUUUUUGUCACAUAAAUCAAGGUUUCUUUCUGAUGCUUUAUGCCCGAGUUACAAGUUCUUUAAAGCUUCUUCUGGGUGUGGCAACAAUGCUUGGGGUUUGAUGCCAAGAUGUGAAUUUAAGACAAGGCCUCUAACAGAAUCUUUUGAUUUCAGUCCUUAUAGUUCUCGAUGUUUGGGGAGAUUAUCUCCCUUUAGCAUUCAGCAGCAGCGCCACUAUGCUUCUAAUGCUUUCCAUGCUGCAACUGAGCAAAAAUCCAAAAAGACUCUUUUGUAUCUUACAGCAUUAGUUUUUGCAAUGGUGGGAAGUAGUUAUGCUGCUGUCCCAUUGUACCGAAGAUUCUGCCAGGCUACCGGGUAUGGUGGUACAGUCCAACGCCGUGAGAGCGUAGAAGAAAAGAUUGCUCGGCAUGAAAAAGAUGGGACAGUAGCAACAAGGGAGAUAGUAGUCCAAUUCAAUGCUGAUGUGGCAGAUGGAAUGCCCUGGAAAUUUGUUCCUACUCAAAGAGAGGUAAGAGUCAAGCCUGGAGAAAGUGCCCUUGCAUUUUAUACUGCUGAAAAUCGAAGUUCAACACCUAUAACUGGUGUCUCUACGUAUAACGUCACCCCUAUGAAGGCUGCAGUUUACUUCAAUAAAAUACAGUGCUUUUGCUUUGAGGAGCAGCGUCUUCUUCCUGGAGAGCAGAUUGACAUGCCAGUUUUCUUCUACAUAGAUCCUGAGUUUGAAACGGAUCCCCGAAUGGAUGGUAUCAACAACCUGAUCUUAUCCUAUACAUUUUUCAAGGUUUCCGCAGAAUAAAAGGCGAAUUUAUAAAUUCAUAGUGAAAAUAGAAUAUCAUUCACACGAGAAUAAAACUGUUUAGGUUCAACGAACCAAACUCUUGUGAUAAGACUAAAGAUAGGAUCCCAUUUUGGUAUGCCAAGUAGAAAUAGGACCACGUUUUUUCACAUAGAGCGAGAAAGAGGACAAGAAACAUUAUUUUGUCACAUUUCUUUAGGUAGUUCCUUCCUGCUUUCCUCCUCUUUUUGGUUGAAGUCUUAUUGUUUUGUAACAGGUUGUGCCUUCUUUAGAGGAACUUUUCGUUCCCUUCCCAAAACAAAACCAAUUGCAUGUACUUUAGAUCUAUAGCUUUUCUACUUGCUGUCAUUUUCGAUUUUCUUUUGAUGUUCCCUAUGCUUGUGUAGUUUAGUAUCCUAAGAAGGAAGAGCAAAGUGAUAUGUUAAAAUUUAGGCUUGUUAAAUCUUCUUGUAGUGCUACUGUGGAGUAAUUGCAAAUGUCACUACGUUUUGUCUA